AUGAGCCGAGAAAGGGAAACCCUAGACGUCUACGUCAGUGCGAUCAGUGUGGUUUCGGUGAUCGGUGCCCAAGACACUGCGGACUGUCCGAUAGUGCCGGCGCACCGGGUGACCCUGUUUACGUCGCAUUUCUUCGAUUUCGCGGCACGUUCGGGGCGUAAUAAGCGGACGUCGGCCGUCCCCCGUCCGUCGCGUCCGUCACCCGGGCGGGUCGUCCCGGGGAGUCCCGGGGAGUGCGGCCAUCCCGGGGUGUGGGGCCCGCUGGAGUUAAUGAAGUUUCCCCGGCCGCGAUUCCCACAGGUCGUCACAUGCGGCCGGAGUUUUGCGGGGGCACAUAUUGCGCACGUCGCGUACGAUCGUCAGAUAUUGCCCGGGCGUAAUGUUUUAAUAAGCGCAUCCCGCCGCCCUAGGAGCCGGUGCGCCGCUCGGACAACGUCCAUUACGGCGUCUAUUUAUUCUAAACUACAUGCAAUUCAAACUUGGCGCGCGUUGGACGGCCGUCCGGGCAGUCGCGCGUCCAAAUUAACAAACUUUUCGCGCGGACCAAUGUCUCCUUGCCACGGAAAGUUUGCACCGCACUGUUUCCCCUCCCUCCCCUCCCCC